GCAAAAUAGUAAUAGCGCCCUCAUCGGCGUAACAUCAUUUCUAAAUAAAGAAUUCGACAAAAUGGCCACUGCGAUGGAUGUAGAUCCGCCGUCAUCAAGUUCUGGAAGCAGCGUUAAAGGGGAGAAGAAACGGUUUGAAGUGAAAAAGUGGAAUGCCGUCGCGCUAUGGGCGUGGGACAUCGUGGUCGAUAACUGUGCCAUCUGCAGAAAUCACAUCAUGGACUUGUGUAUAGAAUGUCAAGCCAACCAAGCAUCAGCCACAUCAGAAGAGUGCACAGUAGCAUGGGGAGUGUGUAAUCACGCUUUCCAUUUCCAUUGUAUCUCUCGAUGGUUGAAGACAAGACAAGUCUGCCCUCUAGAUAACCGUGAAUGGGAGUUUCAAAAGUAUGGUCGUUAGCACUUUCAAGUACUCCGUGGUCCAUGGUUGCAUGUAUUUAUGUAGUUGGAACGCUUUGACCGAAUCCAUCAAAACGAGUCUUAAGGGCAUUUUUCUUCUAUCAGUUUUGCCCAUGUGCAGUAGGAAGGAAAUGUACAGUGAUCUGUUCUCCAGUUUGAUAUGUCACUCAGUUUGACAUUGUAAGAUUUGUAAAAAAAAAAAUGCCUAUCACUGAAAAAGUAGUACUGGCAAUUUAAGACUUAAGGGUUUUUCACACUGUCCAAAAUCAUGUUGGACUCAAGUCCAACACGGGGAUUUCAGGAACUCCUU